GGGGAGGAGGAGGAGGAGGAGAAGGCGAGGCCACCCUCCAGCCAGGACCUGCCCGUCUUCCAGCUCUUGCACCUCGCCCGAAGGGACCUUUGAUGGAACCAAGGGGAGGGACCUCGGAUUUACAGCCUGCAGCUGGAGUGGGCUGGGGGCUGAGAUCAUGUAACUACUCCUUUCUCCUGUUCCCUCCCACACGCCCUUCUUCUCUACCCACUUUCUCUGCUCCGACACCUUCCCACCCCCAUACACAUACCCUUUCUCUAGCCAGGACUUUAUGCUUUGGAAGGAAGCGACUCUGCGAGGGUUAAGGAUCUCUUUUUGACCCAUCCUUUCCCAGUCCGACGCCCUAUAUCCCACUUCUUCUGUGUAGCCUUUGGGCUGCAUAGGUAAGCACAAGCCCUUUGCCCAAUUUCACCUGCAACCUCUUCCCCAUCCACUCAAUUGCUCUCUUAAAAGCCACGCUGGUGCUUCUGGGGGUUAAAUGCCCCAGUUUUCUGCCUAAAGGAAUUAGAACUUCUCCCAACCUUCCCUCCUCCCCCACCUUGCCUUCCUCCAACCAGUCUCCUACUACCUGAGGAAGCCUAUCUUUUCUCUCUCACCUACAAUCCUCAAUUCUUUACCGUACUGCUUUUCCCUGAGCCCAGCUCGAGCAGCUCCAAAAUUGAUUUAUAAUCUUUUCCACCCUUUUUUAUGAAAGAGAUUUACCACAGCCUAGGGCUUUGAGAAAGAGCCUUUCCUGGGGAACUUUUAACACUUAGACAUUGAUCAUAAGGCUCUACCAGCCCAGCCUUGGUAAUGCUCCUGCUAUUGCCCUGCUCCUACAAGUGGCCUGAGGUCAAAUACAGAAAGGAGACACCUUGAGCUAAGUCUGAGUUGGGGUGGGGCUGUCAGGGCAAGACAAACUUUUUUACUUUGCAUUUUCUAGGUAGCAUUCAGAAUCAUUGACUCACAGUUGUCAGUCCUGGGAGCAAUUUAUUUGCUGCGAGGGGCUGCAAGAAGAGCCAGUGAGAAAGGAGAUUCUUCCCUAACACAGAAACACUGUGGACCCCUAGCCCCACCCUAUUUACUUCUUCAAAGACUCCAACUGGCCCUCCUUGGGUUCUCUGCUUCCCAUCACAUGCUGAUGCCCCUGGGUGGGCUGCUGUGGUGGUGGUGCUGCUGUUGUGGCUGGUACUGCUGUGAACUGUUCGCCCCAGUUCCCCAGAUGUUGCGCCACCAAGGUCUCCUCAAGUGCCGCUGCCGAAUGCUCUUCAAUGACCUGAAGGUUUUCCUACUGCGGCGCCCCCCUCCAGCGCCCCUGCCCAUGCACGGUGACCCUCAGCUCCCUGGUUUGGCAGCCAACAACAACACCCUUCCGGCUCUGGGUGCCGGGGGGUGGGCAGGUUGGCGGGGUCCCCGAGAAGUGGUAGGUAGGGAGACCCCUCCUCUGCCACCUCUACCACCUUUGCCACCUUCUUCUGUGGAAGAUGACUGGGGUGGCCCAGCCACUGAGCCACCUGCCUCGCUGCUCAGCAGUGCCUCCUCUGAUGACUUCUGUAAGAAGGCUGAAGACUGCUACUCCCUGGCCAGUAGCUUGGACAGUGGUAUGAGGACUCCGCUCUGCCGCAUCUGUUUCCAGGGACCAGAACAGGGAGAGUUGCUGAGUCCAUGCCGCUGUGAUGGCUCCGUUAAGUGCACACACCAGCCAUGUCUCAUCAAGUGGAUCAGUGAAAGGGGCUGCUGGAGCUGUGAGCUGUGCUACUACAAAUAUCACGUUAUCGCCAUAAGCACAAAGAAUCCUCUGCAGUGGCAGGCCAUCUCCCUGACCGUCAUCGAGAAGGUUCAGAUUGCAGCUGCCAUCUUGGGUUCCCUCUUCCUCAUUGCCAGUAUCUCUUGGCUCAUCUGGUCAACCUUCAGUCCCUCAGCAAAAUGGCAGCGCCAAGACCUCCUCUUCCAGAUCUGCUAUGGGAUGUAUGGCUUCAUGGACGUGGUGUGCAUAGGUCUCAUCAUCCACGAAGGACCCUCAGUAUACCGCAUCUUUAAACGCUGGCAGGCUGUCAACCAGCAGUGGAAAGUACUGAACUAUGACAAGACAAAAGACAUGGAGGACCAAAAGUCAGGAGGCAGGACAAACCUUCAGACUUCCUCAUCCACCCAGGCCAAUGCCCCCUCCUCAGAAGAGGAGGCAGCAGGCACCCCUGCUCUUGAGGAGGGUCCCACCCAGGCUACCAGCCACCCCUCAGGCCCUGUAUCCCAUCACCACUGUGCUUACACCAUCCUGCACAUCCUGAGUCACUUGAGACCUCAUGAACAGCGGAGCACCCAGGGUGGCAGAGAACUCGUCAUGAGAGUCACCACAGUGUGAAAAGAGGCCCCAGAGGAAGGCUGUGACCAGGUGCAUCUCAUGAAAGAGGUCCUGCGAGGAGGGGCCCAGGAAGCAGUGAUGGAAGGCUGGAGCUAACAGCCAGCAGAGAGUGGUGGGCCUGGGGGGAGCCUGGAGCAGAGGGGAGCAGUGGGGAGGUUGCACCCUGGAGUGCUCUUGUGAUUCUUAGUCAGUCCCAUCCUCCAACCACAACAGCAACAAAAACCAACACAAAUUCAACAAGGGCGAGCAGUACCAGCCAAACAACCCUGAGAAAAGGAACCCCCUCCCCCAGAUCUACCAGUAGUAAGACAUUGGAGAGGCAGGGCACAAAGCAGCACAAACGGAUGGGCAAACAGGCAGUGAAGAGAAAAAGCAAAGGCCACCCAUGGGAGAGCUUUGAUCAUCUGCAUCACUCAACUUCAGGUUUGUUUUGUUUUCUCUCUGGGGAGAGGAUGGAACCUUGUGGGCUAGUAAGGGACACUGGUUUGGGGAGGGGGUUUGCACUCUGCUACGUAGCAGAAUUCCAAUGACUCAACUGGACUUUAGGGUCCCUAGAGGGAUGAUUCAAGAAAAGUUGUUGAUGAGAGUGGUCAGCAAGAAGGGGCUUCUCUGAAAAGAACCUUCCCAGCUGCAAACUCAGAAAAGACAGAGAUUAGAAGAUGGUAUCUUUCUGCUCUGUGCCCCUUGUUACUUUAUUUUAUAGUGAUUUGGUCCAAAGAUGUUUACAGGACGGACAUGGACACGCAUGCGCACGCAUGCACACACGCACACACACACACACACACACACACACACACACACAAUUUCUUGUGGCUAUCUCAAGCACAGUUCUGUGUUGUGGCUUCAGCUUUCAAAGCUGUAAGUCCAGGAGGAACUCUCCCCACUAUUCAGCCCCCUACUCCAACCAGGAUAAUGCAGUGCCAUGCUCUUUAGGCCUUGACACAGGCACAGGACACAUGGACAUGCACACACACAUACACACACAGAGGACCCCUCCCACCUCAGUCUCCUAGGAGAGCUGCUAAAGUGUGGGGAGAAGCUGGCCUGUGUACCCCAAGGAAUUGAAUAGAGACCAGUCUAAGUAUUCCUUGCUGCUUGGGACCCUCCCUAAAGAGGCAGUUUGCCUCAUGUUCAGUGCUAUGUGCUCCCUGGUCCUUCUCUGUAGCCAGGCACACCAGGGAUCCAGGCAGGGAACACUGUUAUUGGAGCCCACCUGCAUGGAUCAGGACCCUGACAGGGAAGGCCACUGGGUGGUCACCUGCAGAGUUUAUUAUCAUUGCACAAUGGACAUGUCAUCCUUGGGUAUUAAAUGGACACUGUCAAGUACUUUUUUAAACUAGUUUUUAGGGUUUUUUAAAACUCUCUGUUGUUUGUAAUAUUCUCUUAAAAGCUUGGAAAUAAAAUUUCUUUCCC